AUGAACUUGCUCCAAGGACCUGGAUCCGCCUUAAAAAUACAUAUAUCAAAGUUAGUUAACACAAUGCAAAUUCUCCUUUUAGACGGCGGUCUCGGGACAACUCUCGAGGCCUCCCCCUUCAAUGUCCAAUUCACGCCCGAGAAGCCUCUCUGGUCAUCCCACCUACUCAUCGACUCUCCCUCAACUCUCCAAGCCGCCCACCACGCCUUUUGUGACGCCGGGGCCGACAUCAUCCUAACAGCUACCUACCAGACCAGUACGGAAGGUUUCACGAGGACAAACUCGAGUUAUACGGCCAGGGAUGCGGCACAAUACAUGCGAUCUGCAAUUCCGCUUGUGCGGAGCGCGGUUUCUUCUACUGCUGAUGACAAGAAACGUUCCGUUGCGUUGUCGCUAGGGCCGUACGGUGCGACAAUGUCGCCGGUUUCUGCAGAAUAUACGGGGAUCUACCCACCUGAAAUGGAUGGAGAGAAUGCAUUGCGAGAAUGGCAUACACAGAGGUUGAAAAUUUUUACCGAGAGUGAGGACGAAUCAUGGGACCAGGUGGAUUACAUCGCUUUCGAAACGCUACGCAGAGCGGAUGAGGUAUGCGCUGUGCGAGGGGCUGUAUGUGAUGUGGUGGGCCGUGACUCGACAAGCAAAAAACCAUGGUGGAUAUGCGGCGUAUUCCCUGGUGAACAGGUCGACGAGGAAGAGAUUAGACAGUGGGUGCGCGCGGCUGUUGGGAAUCAUCCUGGACUACCGCGACCAUGGGGAAUAGGCCUGAAUUGUACUCGAAUUGAUCGUGUCGAAGCGAUUGUUUCCAUUAUGCGGGAUGAGGUGCGACGACUGCUGGACCAAGCACAGAUUGAUGAGUGGGCAUCUUCGAAACCAUGGCUUGUGUUGUACCCGGACGGAACAAAGGGGGAGAAAUAUGACCCUGUUACCAAGACAUGGGUGCAAUCCGUCACAGAUACCGUGAAAAGGCCCUGGGAUGAGAUCUUCUGGGACAUUAUACAGCACCAAUCAAAAGCUGAGUGGGGAGGCAUUGUUGUUGGAGGGUGCUGUCGUGCUGGACCAGCUGAUAUCGCAGCAUUGCGUCGUCGAAUUGAUAGUGAUAGAGUCGAUUGA